AUCGUUGAAUUCGAAAUGAGAAAGUUGCUGAAUAUUUUCAUACUAACUUCUAUUAUUUCAUGUGUAAGCUCAUACAAAAUUCUUCUCUAUAGUAACUUGUUUGGGCACAGCCAUGUCAAAGUUUUAGCAGCUGCAGCAGAUAUUCUCACUGAUGCAGGAAAUAAUGUGACAGUUCUAAUGCCAGUGUUCGACAAUAACCUCCGUAACAAGACUUCCUUAAAAUCAACAAAGAACACAAUUUUUGUGGAGGCUGGUCCAAAUGUAGAGGAAUUAAUGUCUGAUAUGAGACAGUUUUUAGCAAAUGCAUGGAAAGAAGAUACCGGAAAUCCAAUUACUAUGAUGAAAGCGGCUCAAGAUAUGGGCACAGCAUUUGCUGAGCAAUGUACAAAGGUGAUUUCCGAGCCUGGUCUGCUCGAAAAGUUGAAAGCAGAAAACUAUGAUCUUGCUAUCACGGAACCAUUUGAUACUUGUGGUUAUGCUCUAUUCGAAGCCAUCAACAUUCGUGCUCAUGUUGCGAUACUUACCGCAAAUCGUUUUGAUCAUGUAACUGAUGUAAUUGGACAACCAAUUGCAUCUAGUUAUGUACCUGGAACUCAAUCUGAAACUGGCGAUCGAAUGACCAUGGGAGAACGAUUAGGGAAUUAUUUCCAAUUUCUCGUUGGUAGUUAUUUCUUUUCCCUUAUCGGAGAUCGCGAUUUUGAAGCUGCCAAAAGUGUUGUACCCAUCACGAGAUCUUGGAGGGAAGUCCUUCCAGAAGCAUCGUUCAUUUUGACCAAUCAAAUUCCACUUCUUGACUUUCCAGCUCCGACCUUUGACAAAAUAGUUCCGAUCGGAGGUCUAUCCGUGAAAACUGAAAAGAAAAAUUUGAAGCUUGACGAGAAGUGGUCAAAAAUUCUAGGAAUAAGAAAAAAUAAUGUAUUUAUAUCAUUCGGUUCUAAUGCAAAAUCAGUUGAUAUGCCAGAUGAGUUCAAGAAUUCAUUAGCUGACGUUUUCAAAUCUAUGCCUGAUACAACAUUUAUUUGGAAAUAUGAGAAUACGAGUGAUCCAAUUGUAAAUCAUUUGGAUAAUGUGCAUCUCGGAGAUUGGCUUCCUCAAAAUGAAUUACUCGCUGAUCCACGUCUAUCAGUAUUUGUCACGCAUGGAGGUUUAGGAUCAGUUACUGAAUUAGCGAUGAUGGGAACACCUGCAGUUAUGAUUCCUUUGUUUGCUGAUCAAGGGAGAAAUGCACAAAUGCUCAAACGUCAUGGUGGAGCUGUAGUAAUUGAAAAAAAUAAUUUAGCAGAUACUCAUUUCAUGAAAGAAACAUUAGAAAAGGUCAUCAAAGAUCCCAAAUAUCUUGAGAAUUCUAAGAGAUUAGCUGAGAUGCUGACUAAUCAACCAACGAAUCCAAAAGAGACACUGAUUAAAUACGUGGAAUUUGCAGCAAGAUUUGGAAAACUUCCUUCAUUGGACAACUAUGGCCGCCAUCAAUCAUAUAUUGAGUACUUCUUCCUUGAUAUAAUUGCAAUACUUGCUGUGAUCUCAUUAUUUUCUUUAUAUAUUUCUUAUAUCAUUUUGCGAGCAGUUAUUCGGAAGAUUUUCUUUUCAAAAUGCUCUGAAGUGAAGAGUAAAACUGAGUAGUAGUUAUUAUUGUAGAUGAAUGUACAUUCCUUUAUUUUUUACAAUAAAAUAAAACAUCGGUGGUUAUUA